AUGCCGGCAGUCGGGGAGGUCGAGCAGCACACCAGGAACUCCUUUUGGGGGUUAGGAAGAGAGGAGAAGGGCCACAAGGGAGACAUCGGCGUUGGGGAAGACAGAGCUUACAGGCGCGUGCUGUUCUGGCCGGCCGGGCAGGAAACGACGGUGCAGUCUUGGUCUGGAGGAACAGGGGCGGUGCAGCUUCGGUUUGGGGAAAAGGGCAGGGGCAGCGCAGCUCCUGUUUGGGGGAGAGCAGGGGCGGCGGCCUGGCGCAAGAGGAGCGGCAGCGAGGCAGAACGAGGGGAGGGAUUGAGGGCGUCGGGAGGUAGGGGAUUUCCAGUGGAGGCGGUCCUCCGCGGUGAAGCAGCUUGGGGAGGAGAAGGCCGCGGCAGCGGCGGACAGGAGGGCGCGCUGGAGGGAGGUGGCGUGGGGCGAGUGGCGACGGAGGCACUGCAGCAGCACUGCAAAUGGCAGAAGACCUGGUGCCAUGCGCAGGGUGAGGAUAAGGUCACAGUGCAGGUUUGA